GCUUUUAUUGUUGAUUUCGUUUGCAUUUGCUAAGCAUCUUCCAGGAAAUACACCCUGUAAUUGCCUAGCUCGUGCCUAUUUAAGUUGUACCCUCUCCUUAGUUGGCUCAUCAACUCCUCGCAUCAGAAAUUAAACCUGCUCCUACUUCUAAUAAUUUGCUUUGCUCCGCCCAAGUUGGUUAUCAGUGUCCAACUUUACCUAUUUCUUCUGCUAAUCCUGCAUGAAAUAUCCUGGAACCUUUUUUAUAAGAAAGAGUAGGCUUGCGAUUGCAAUCAAGCAGAUCUGCUGGAUGCUCCGUUCUAAUUUUCUGGGCUUAAUUUGUUUCUUAAUAUCUAAUUUCUUCAAAACCCUCUUCUAGACCUACGGAAAAUAUUCAUCGUUCGACCUAAAGAAUAGGCUUGCAAUUGCAAUCAAGAAGAUCUGCUGUUUGGUACAUCUAAUCUGCGUGGCCCAAUUUUUUUUUGUGUCAAAUUUCUUGAAUACCUUCUUUUUCUAGACCUGCAGGUUUCCUGCACCAUCUGAGGAAGAUCUAUAUCCAAAUAUUAAUUAUGUCCUUCAAUUGGCUUUCUCGUUGACUCGAGGCAGAAGUAAUCUGUUCUCCUCAGUUGGCUAAUUAAGCUCCUCUCAUAAGAAAAAAUCAAGCUGUUGCUACUUCUAAUUUGCUCGGCUUUGUUCUGGUAUCAGUUUCCAACUUCAUUCAAUUUCUUUCUGCUAAACCUGCCCCAGGAAAUUCAUCGAUGGCCAAAAUGAUGGACAAAAUGAUGGACAAAAUGGUUGAGACAGUUGAGAAUUUUGUUGACCACCAUAGAAAACUUGAAGAAGAUCUGAAUGAGUUGAGAAGCGAAUGGCAGGUUCUAAAGAGGAGAAAAAUUGACGUUAAUUCAAGAAUACAAGUAGAGGUAGAGGUUCAGUCGGGCCAAGUGAUGAAAGAAGAAGUAAAGGGAUGGCUUGAAGAUGUUCAAAAGAUCGAACAAGAAAUACAAGAUGUUGAAGAAAGAGUAGGCACAGUUCCAUACUACAAACGUGCCAGUCUUGAUAAACUUGUGUGUGAAAAAAUUGAAGUGGUGAAGAGGAUUCAAGAGAGGGGCAUUUUCGAAGGAGGCCUUGGGAUUAAGAGAGCUCCAGCUUGUGGAAUGGUAAUUCCAACAGAAAAUUUAGAGGGUGAAAUUUCUACUAAAGAUGAAAUUUGGGAGCACUUGAUGGGCAAUAAAGUUGGAAUGAUUGGGGUUUGUGGUAUUGGUGGAGUUGGUAAGACUACAAUCAUGAAGCAUGUUAACAAUGAUUUGUUGAGGGAGAUUAGGUUUCAAAAAGUGAUUUGGGUUACUGUAUCAUAUCCUCUUAAUGUUUUUGAAUUACAAAAGAAGAUUGCUGGUGCUAUGGGUGAAAGACUUCCAGAAGAUGAAGAAGUGAUGAUGAGAGCCGCAGCACUAAUGGAUAAAAUGAGAAGAGUAAAAUUUGUGCUAAUAUUAGAUGAUGUAUGGGAAAAGUUCUCUCUUAAGGAUGUUGGAAUCCCAGAACCAACUGUGCAGAAUGGGUGCAAAAUAGUUAUCACUAGUAGAUCAAUUGAAGUAUGCAAGUUUUUGGAUUGUCAGAUUGUUGAAGUGCAGUCUCUUUCACAAGAGGAGUCUCUAACUUUAUUCCUCAAUAAGGUUGGGCAUGAUGUUUUACAAAUUUCUGGGCUGGAAAAAAUCUUGAAGCUUAUUGUGAAGGAGUGUGCUGGUUUACCACUCGCUAUUGUUGUGAUAGCAGGGAGCAUGAAAGGAGUGGAUGAAAUUGAGGUGUGGAGAAAUGCACUGACUGAAUUACAAGAAUGUGUUGAGAGUGUGAGAGGUUCAGAUGAUGAGAUAUUUAUGCGGUUAAAAUUUAGUUUUGAUCGUUUGCCUAAUGAGAAAAUCAAGAAUUGUUUUCUUUAUUGCUCCUUGUUUCGUGAAGACUAUUCAUUUGAAAGGGAGGAAUUGAUAGAAGGUUGGAUUGAUGAAGGACUAAUGGACGGAUUGAGUAGUAGGAAAGCAGCUUAUGACAGGGGCCAUGCCUUUUUAGAUAUGCUUGAAAAGAAUAGCUUGUUAGAGAAACAUCAGGGGGAAGUAAGGGAAAGGGAAGUAAGAAAGAUGCAUGAUGUUGUGAGAGAUAUGGCUAUCAAAAGCAUUGGUCGGAGAGUUGGACAUAUGGUCAAAGCUGGUAUAAAACUGACAGAGAUACCAAAUGAGCAUGAGUGGGCAAUUGAUCUCAACAAAGUGUCUCUAAUGGACAAUGACAUUUUAGAAAUUCCUGUUGGUUUCACUCCAAAGUGUCUAACCUUGUCGACUUUGAUAUUGUCAGACAAUCCUUUGACAGAGAUUCCAGAAUCUUUUUUUGAGGGUAUGAGUGGACUCAAGGUUCUUGAUCUUUCUAGAACCAAUAUUGAAACUUUACCUAGUUCUAUCUCUAAGUUGAAGUAUCUCUCUGCACUGCAGUUGAGGGGGUGUGAGGAGUUAAAGAGCUUGCCUUCCUUAGAAAAGCUUGUGGCAUUGAAGAAGUUGGAUCUGAGAUGGGCAGGAAUUGAGGUGGUCCCUCAAGGCAUGGAGAUGUUGGUAUGUCUUGAAUAUCUUGAUUUAUGUUGUGAACAUUUGGAAGAGAUACCAAUGGGAAUAUUGUCUAAAUUAUCUAGUCUCCAGUACUUGGUAGUAGGAAAUGGUUGGGUAAAUGGUUGGGUAAAGAUAAAUUUAGAAGAGGUUGCUAGAUUGAGAAAGUUGGAGAUUUUAGAAUGUGAUUUUGAUGACUUGCAAGGCUUCAAUGAUCUUCUAAGGGAGUUUAAUAAUUUUCGGAGUUUUAUUACUUUCCAGCUUGUAGUGGGCACAGCAAUGUAUUAUCAUGAUAUUGACAAUCCUAAAUAUAAAUGCCGACUUAAAAUUUGUGGGUGUGACAUUGGAGAAAAAGGUGUAGUGCUUCCGGAUAAACUUCAGCAUUUGCGGAUCCAUAAAUGUAAAAGCAUUGGAAGUAGCUUAGACAAAAUAGCUUUGUUAGAAAAUGCAACCAAGUUGGGUGUUUGUAUAAUUAGUAAUUGUGAAGAGACACAGUACGUGGUUGAGUUGGAUUCAUCCUCCUCCUCAUCGUGUAAACCAGUACUUGAUAAGCUUGAAGGUCUGUAUCUUUGGGGUUUGCCUAGGUUGUGGGCACUCGUGAGAGUGGAAGGAGUAACAACACCGCCACGCGUCUUUUCCAAUCUUAAGACACUUGAUGUAAUUGGCUGUUCAGGAAUGAGGAAGUUGGUUCCACUUGAGCUACUGCAAGCCCUCCAAAACUUAGAGAUGAUUACUGUUCAUAAUUGUGAACAAAUGGAGGAGAUAAUAGCCUCAUCAGAUUUAAAUGCAUCAUCAUCAAAUAAAUUCCCUUUCACUUUUCCUAAAUUAAGGGAAUUGUGCUUGUGGUCCUUACCCCAAUUGAAGAGCAUCUGCAGUGCCAAAGGAGUUAUGAUUUGUGAUUCCAUUGAAUGUAUUUCCAUAACGAAAUGUCCUGAAUUAAAGAGGAUCCCUGUGCAGCUUCCCCUACUUGAUAACGGCCAACCAUCUCCUCCUCGUCGUCUCAAAAGCAUCCACAUUUUUCGAGAUUCAAAAGAAUGGUGGGAAUCAGUGGUGGAGUGGGAUCAUCCUAACGCUAAGAACAUACUCCAACCUUUCGUGAGCUAUUCAUGGUAAGGUGUUGAUUGAUUUAUUCUAAUAUGAAUUUGAUAGU